AUGCACUUAUCCGUCGCGGCUCUGGUUGAACCUUCCCGAAUUGGGGUCGCACAGCAGCCAAACGCCCCUCGCGUGAGUGAGGAGGUGCUGAGUUGCAUCCGAGGUCUUUCUUCUCAUACCAUCCUUCAAAUUCUUUCCCGGUCUCUCCUUCAUGUUACGACGUAUUCUGCUUCCAAAUACUGUUUCAUUGCCAUGCUUUGGCGACAAUCCCUCCUAAGAGGGCCCUGUCUCGAUCGCCCAUCGCUAACUCCACUCGCUACUGCGCUACGGAUCUAUGGCCCACCGCUAAGAGCUCUACGACCCGCUGUGGUGGGUCGUCGACGAUGGUUAGCAUCAGUAUCAUCUACGAAUAUAUCUUCGAUAUUUGCGCAACAGCAACAAGCGAACAAUAUUGACCACCAGGAUCAGUCGAAAAGGUGCUUGGAGGAGCUUCUACGAGUUAUACGUUGCAAGGAAACCGGACAUGUCGUUCCAGCAUUUCACGCAUGGGUCAUGUUGUUGGUCAGCGAUGACCCUCAAACCGCCUGGAACGCUCAUCAACAGAUGCAAACGCUCCCCGUGAACGUCCUUUCUGCGGUAAUUCGAGCGCUAGAUCCCAUAGAAAACCCGAAACUCGAUAUUGCUCAUGGCCUGGGAAUUUCGCUGGGCGAAAUUCAGUUUACCAGUGCAUGUGCCCUGGUAGACGAAUUCGGCAUGCGGCGGCAUCACGUCUUUGUCCUCGACGCCAUGAGGCUGUUGCUUGAAGCUCGUCGGAAAGCUAAGCGCGAGCUUGUAAUUGCCGACUACGAAACCUUCAUGCGUUGUGCGGGGGCGGCUGGCGAUAUCCAAGCUGCCAUGCACUUUUUCGGUGCCAUCAGAGAACAUGGCUUGGCUGCAAAGCGCACCACUACAACCUGGAACGAGUUUCUCAAAGCUCGCUAUCAAAUGCAUCCCACAUACUACCAGUACGACCGCCAAAGAGUUCUUUUUGAACCUCGCCACGGAUAUAGAACCAGCUUCAGAACACCUCUAGCAAAGGUGUGGCGUGUCGAGACUCUACGACACGCCAUGAAUGCCCUUCAAAAAUUACCCUUCAAUCGCCAAAGAAACCGUCCUUCAGCGAGCAACUACCUGUGGAUGAGGCAAAAGAUGGGUUUCCAAAGCUACUUUGCUCAUUGGCGUCGCACCAGAGGUUACGGUGUUUUGUUAAAUGAGGAGUUGUUGUGCAAUACUCUUAUUGGACUUAGUCGAAGUGGUUCAUUAAGCCUUAUAAGGAGUAUGGUCCUAAAGAAGGGACUCGGGAUUGGCCUUCUUCAGGAUAAAGAAACCGGGAUUUUCGACAUCGCCGGUUAUAGACGACGGCGCCCUGGUAGUCCGAAGGCACCUACUGUACGCUUUAUAAACGCAAUAGUCGAGGCAUUCGGAUGCAUGUCACGCAUUCGUCUCUGCCUUGAUUUGGUUAUUCAUGUUUCGAAGGUUUACAAUAUCCCAAUACCGCCCGAAACGUGGAACAACCUCUUCAAUUGGGCAUAUGUUUGCUCAACCAAGUCAAACCAAGCUCAACGCAAAUAUCUGGAGAGCUUUCCCAUCUGUGCGGUGGUAGAUGCUGACCUUGUUACGAGAGUCUGGGACACAAUGACCUCGGAGCCUUACAAUAUUGAGCCUACCUUCGAAAGUUACAUCGCUCGUAUCAAGACUCUUAUAGUUCAGAGUAAAUUCAGCGCGGCGAGGGACAUGCUUCGCGAACAUGCCGUCAAGCAUUAUCGUCGCCUUGAAAAGGAGCACAAGCAGAUCGUGGUUGACGAAGUCCUGCGAGGCGUCACAGAGAUCAGCCAUCGGCGACUUACGAUCGAAACACAAAAGGAACACGCAUGGUACAUGAUUGAACAAUGCCUUUACAAAUUUUUCGGCCGCGUCAGUGGCACUAGCCGGCGGGAAGGUAGUUACCCUAGCACUGUCAUACCUAAUCUCGUGUUAGAAUUCGGUGAGUUCAUGACCGAAGGUAUUGGGUACCGUACCGUACAUGGAUACGUGCACCUCGAACGCGAAGUAGAGCCGCGUCGCUACGAAUGGAAGAAGAGGAUGCGCACAACACUGCCACAGGCCAAAGGCGGGUUAGAAGUUCAGGCGAUGGCGGCACGAGGCCAGUAUACUGAAGUGAGAUCGCCCGAGGGAGUCAUAUUGAACUGGCCUACAGACAGGCCCAUGAGAGUGCUAGGGUGGGAACGUGAACCAAUACCCAGAACGCGCGCCAAGGGUGCGCCACCUGAGUCGACGGAUGUGAAUGCAAACCAGUGGUGGAUGACUUUGGCGGAUGAAUUAAUGAGGUAG